AUUUUUACAUAAAUCUAGUACCUACCUACUUCAUUACGAAUCGUUUUCAUUACUUAUAAGCAUUACGCUUACAGUAAUUGCUUAAAUGUUAUAAAUAUUUUAGUUAUUGGCUAAUUUCAAGAAGUAUACAUGUUGGUUUCCCAAGACCAACAUCAACACACUCCUCGCCUGGAAGACUUCUUCUGGACAGGAUCUGGAGAUGGACCGCCACCACCACCAGAUCCACCUCUCCCCGCACCAGUGCAACCAUCGACACCAGUUGUCCGGACUACCACAGUUCUUGCUACUGUCUAUCUGGAUUCAUAUCCACCACAAGCGGUGACAGACAAAUCAACCGGCGAGUGCGUACUUAAUUGUGGCGAGCCUGGAGUACCAGGUAGCUUGGAACCAGAAAUCCCCGAUGACCGAAGGUACUGGCUCCUCACUGUCAUUCAGGGAUCCACACCAGAUAGCCUGCAAUUGAGACUCGCUAGGUUGUACCAGAAAGCCUUCUUGAGACAGCAAGAGCGUCAUCUGGGCAUCAUCAAAUCCCUGGACGCACCACCUGCUCGAAAGAAACAUGACGUCCAUUCUUUUGCAGUGAACAAAGAUAAUAAUAUUAGUCCAGUAGGCCCACAGGGUACUAACUCACCAUUCAAAUAUCUUGAUAUUGAUGCAUCAAUGGUUCCUAUGGAGUCAAUUGUUAGUACAAUGGUAAACAAUGAUGAAAAUUCUAGCACUAAAGCUCUAGAAUCUUCUAGAGAAUUCGUAUAUCCAGCUAAUAUAGAAAUGUUUUCUAUUGAUGCUAAUACUCUUACUCUAAAUGCUGAGAUAAAAGCUACUAAGUUGAAUGAAGUCGAAUCUUGGAUACUAGCUACACCAACUGUUUCUAUUCGUAAGAGAGAAAUUACUGAUAGAGAGCAAUUAGAAGAAAUAAAAGAAGACUCUAUAGACAUUCCUUUAGAAUUGGAAGCCAAUGAAACAAUGUUGUUUAAACGUGAGAUUUUGAAGCCGGAACAACAACCGCCGGUGCAAGUACAUAUACAGAAUAUUACAGAGUCUCCAGAAACGGGUAGCAUUCAGAUAGUAUACGUGGUUCUGGUCGGUGGCAGGGCAGUACCAGCCGCGGUAGCUGCCAGAGACAUGCGAUUGGUCAGAGAUGCUGAAGUAGCCAGAGAACUGGGAGCUGUUGUCACUACCAAGGCUGAACCAGCGUACCUAAAAACAGCGGAAGGUUUGGAGGGAGAUGCAGGGGGUGGAGUGCAUGGUACUGAAUUAUGGGCACUGGCUGUGGGAGCUACAGUAGCUAUUCUGUUGCUGCUAGUGCUUUUGGCACUUUUGUGUCUGGCUCACAGGAAAAAGACAAUGAAAUCUGCAGCCUCAAUCCGUGCGUACAGAAAUGAGUUAUUAAGAGAAGCAGAGAGGAACCAGCUGAAGCAAGUGCAUGAAGAGAAAGAUGGAAGGCUGAUCAGUGUGGUGUCACCAAGUCGAACGAGACCCAGCAGCACUCUGCUACCGAUUUAUAGGGCUGCGAGCGCAGCAAGUAGUUCAUCCACAACCUCAUCUGGAGUGUCAGAGGUGGCAACUGCGUUCCGUCGACGGCAGAAGAAGCCACACGCUCUCAGGAUGCCGCAGAAGAAGAGAGUGGGUACUACGGACAGUCUGCUAGAAGCAGCUGGGCUGGACAGUUCAGACAGUGGCCAGCCCUCAGCGCCACCUACACCGACCUCGUACCUCUCCAUGCCCUCCGUCAAUGCUUUCCCAAGAGGCAACGUGGUAGAACCACUAUCUCGUAUAUUAGAACCGGUGUCAGUUCGUCACCUGGACAUCGACUCCCCACCAGUUUCGCCAAAAAAGAGUAAGGAAGCUAACAAAGAUGUGGUGCCUCGACGACAGAUGGCUUCUCAGUUGGUACGCCUGGGGAGCAUAGAUAAGGACCCAGGAGUUAUUGGACCUCUCGUCUGGGACCUGCAUUGUCAGAGAAUUAAGGAUUCUUCAAAACCAUCUAGUCCAGCUAGAUCAGCCACAUCUGCCCGCAAGGAGCCAGGGCCAUCUCGCAUGCGGCAGCGGUUCAACGAGCUGAUGGAUGAUGCAUUCACCCUAUUCGGCAGUGUAGGGUCCAGUCCGAACUCUCAGGAUACUUAUACCGUGGAAGAACGGGACCCCAAGGACAAGGGGACUCAAAAUGCUGGGGUCGCUACAGUUUCAGAUCCAAGCGAGCAGUUGGCUCAAGCUCGCAACAAUAACGUCCGACUUCCAGGCUCACCAUACACCGCCAUGGACACCUUAAGGGGGAGAUCUGCGGGACCUGGGAGGGCGGGGCCCAGUACAUCAACGCCAGUGCAGGCGGAGGGCGCUCGUCCUCGCACCUCGUUCACCAGGACUGCAGCGGAGAGACGGGUGCCUCCACCGACCCGGGCCUGGGGGCAAACUCCCCCACAGUCCCUAGGUGGGCGGCCCACGGUCAACCCGGCACUCAUAACUGCUGAGGGGAGGCUACCGGCCGAAGACCCAGCCAUACCGCUCAUAUCUGCCAUCAAGACGGAAAUACAACGCAUCAAGGAGACAGCCACUAAACCUAGUACCUUGCCAAAAUGAUGAAUUUUUAAUAUUUAGCAUUAUCU